CAUUCUCCCUUUUUCCAGUGUCCUUAAGUAAUUUAUAAGUAUUAUAUUCUCUUAAAGCAAUUCCUACAGGAGAACUAUCGUAUUCUAGGAGAAUAUGAAGCGAAAACGCAAGAAUUCAGCACAAGCAAUGUUAGAAAGCCUACGAGGACAUCAAACUGACAACUAUGGUACAACUUCCCAAGAUUUGCAGCAACAACUUAGUGGGGAUCAACUGGAUGACCAACUUGAGAAUGAGAACAUAACAACUCCUACAUUCGGUAAUGACAACUUAAAUUCUUCCUCGAGCUCUAAUGAAGCUAACUCACAACAAAAAGAGGAGCCCUUACUUGUUGAGAUUAAAGAUACUUUGACUGGAGAAGUUACAACUCAAAAGAUGCAAGCAGAUCGAGUUUGGAACUUGGAAAAAAAUAAAAAAAUUGUGGUGGAACUCAACGGGGAUGGACAAGGAAGUAAUAAUGGUUCAAACUUGCUUGUGAGAUUUCUUGGCAAACUUUCUCAAAAGUCAAUAAUUUGUCCCAUAUCAGUUGAGAGAUGGGAUAGGAUGCCCGAGGCGAAAAAUCGCCUACAAUGGCAGUUAGUUGAGGAGAAUUUCGAGUUUGACUAUGCUAUUGGAAUCAAAUGGGUGAUGCGUACUUUACACGAUAGAUGGAGGUCCUAUAAAUAUGCGUUAAGAAAUCAAACCUUCUACCCUAGCAAAAGUAAGGAACAAAUACUUGCUAAUCCUCCUCCAAACGUGGAUUCUAUUGAUUGGACUGCUUUUGUGCAUCACUAUAAAGAAGAGAAGAUGAAGACACAAAGUGAACAAAAUGCAAGAAAUCGAAGUAAACUUAAAGUCCCCCAUGCCGGUGGUAGCAAAAGCAAUGCAAGGACAGGUCGUCAAAUGGAGAAAAAAUAUGGAAGGCCUGUGUGCCGAAGUGAGGUUGUUUUGUCAACUUUACUGAAGAAGAAUGGAAAUUAUGUGAAUGAGGAAGGGAAGAUUAUAGCUGAUAAAAUAUCAGAGCAUCUAUCUCAAGAUCACGAACAUGCUGCCACUUUAGGUGUUCCAUUGAAGAUAUUGGCUCAUCCUAAUGACGCUAUUGGAAAAGUAUAUGGAGUUGAACAUUCUGGUCGUGUGCGUGGUUUAGGUGGUAAUGUUUGCCCCUCGACUGCUUUUGGAAUGCCUAAACAUUCAGUUAGUUAUGCGAAUCUUGGUGGUUCUAGUAAUACGUCUCAUCAACGUGUUGAAGACCUAGAGAAGCAUGUCGAAACCUUGGAAGAGAAGCUGACUGGAUAUGAAGAGACCAAGGAACAAUUUGUGGAGACCAAGGAACGGCUUGCGCAAAAUGAGAAUCACUUGGCAACUCUUCAUAGGUUUUUACAAGCUAAAUUUGGUAGUGAGUUGCCUAGUUUCUCCUUAGAUUCUUCUUAG